AGAGGAGGAGUGUGUAGAGAAAGAGGAAGGAGCCAGAAACUGCAGAGAGGAGAGCCUCUGAGCAGGGCAUGACCUCAGGAGCUCAGAGGGAUGGCCAGAGGAGAGAGCACAGGUCCCGGAGGCAGGAGAGAGAGGAGGACCAGCAUAUUGGCAAGACUCAACAGAAAGAGGAGCAGACUGCAGAGAGGACCCAGAGGGGAGGGCCCUCAGGUGGAUCAGAUAUACCUCCUCACCUUGCUCAGGUACCUGAGACCACUCCUAGGCCAGGCAUGCAGCCAAAGACGUCUCAUAGGGCACACGGUCAGGGAAAGGAUGAGGAUCAGGCUGCAAGAGAGAAGGAACAGGACAAGGAAGAGAGAGCAGCAAUAGAGAGAGAGAUCAGAGUCCAAAUCAGACUCAAGAACAAUGUGAAGCUGCACGAGAAGGUGGAGCAGGGAGAGCAGUCUGUGAUACUAGAAGAUAGAAAGGGGAAUGGCUCACCUACUCAAGACGAUGAGACUCCUCUGUUCAUGGAGGCUUGGGACAACUUUGAUAAGUUAUUGGAGGCAACAGGGAGGCCAAGAGAGCAGCAUCAGGAGAUGGGGGUUAGGCUGGUCUCUACAUACUUGCUUAGCCUGAAGGGCCUUAUGAAAGAGGGUUUUGCGGCGGCCAAGACUUCUGAUGAAAAGAUGAAAAAGAGGUUGACAAGGGUGGCGCGAGCAUCUCAUGAGCAGAGAAUAUAUUGGCAGAAAGAAAUAGGAAAUCUCAAGAAGGAGUUGGAGAGGCAGAACAAGGAGAUGGGAGCCAUGAAGACUGAGGUGGAGAAGGCCUGGGCAGGCAAUGAGGCCAUCAGACAGGUCAACCAGACCCUUAACAAGGUCAAUGACAAUCUGAGGACCUACUUGCAGGUACAGCAGAACAACUUUCAAGUAAAAGAGGUGAAGUGGGAAAAGAGAAUCAUGGACCUUGAGGCCAAGUGUGCACAGCAGACACCUACUGCAGUGGUAGACUGGACAGAGGUCCAGAGGUUUGAGAUCAGGAAGCAUCCUGCAGAGGAGGCCUUCAAGUGUCAGAAGGUGGAAGAGAGGGCAAACGAACAGAAGGAUGAGGAAAUCCCCCUGGUAGAUAAGGAGAUGUUGCAGCCUGAGGAGGCUCUAGCAGGGAAGGAGUCAGAGACUGGGGAGUUUGAGUAGAGGAUGCCCACAGUCUUGGCACAUGAGGCGAGGCCACCAGCAG